AUGUCACCCGAAGCAGUCCAGUUCGGUGUUUUCAGUGUGCAAUCGGACCUCUGGUCUUACGGAAUUGUGCUUUACGAGAUCAUUACAUUUGGGGCCUUUCCUUAUGGUGGACUUGGUGACGUUGAAGUCGUAGAACGCGUCAAACGCAUGGAAUUCAAUAUUACUGAAUUUCUUCCACCAUCCGCCUAUGACACUCCCGUUUGGCGCCUGAUUGACCAUUGCUGCCAGUACCAAUGGCAACACCGGCCUGCUUCCGUACAACAAGUCAUCGAUGCUCUGGCCAUGGUUCCCGAGUGUGUCCGACCCUUUUUGACAGAUGAGCCACCAAAGCCGGAGACGAGCGAUCUCAAUGGUUUGCCUUUUCAGCCCUGUAUAGGUGGAUGCACCCUGUCUGAGGAAGAGGAAGCCAUCGUCAAUCUUUCCCAGCGUAAUUUCGGUCUUAAUCUUCAUCUUUCGCCUGCCAGUAUUCGUCAACCGGGCAACUCGGUUGGCUCCUGUUUUCCUGGCAUUGGCGAAGGUCCUGGCGUCACCUCUGCUACCGGCCCGGACAUAUGUGUCAAUGGCCCUCCAUCUAAUCCUAAUAGGUCUUUAGUGGACCCCACCGAAGCGGAUAACGGUGACCAGGCUCAAUGUCACUUGCUUGCUCUUGACGCCUAUCAUCAACCUUCCGUGCCACCACCUCACCAUCAGCACCACGUCCACAACCAUAAUCAUCACCAAUAUCAAAAUCCGAACCAGUAUCAUCCUAAACAGCAGAUACAGAUGCACCAAUUACAGAGUCAAACUCCCUUUCUCCAUCAGUCUUACCAACACCAACCCUAUCAUCACCAUCACCACCACCACGUACAUCACCUACGCUCAAUCGAUGCCUUUCCUCAAGCUAGUUGGUCAGCUAUUCCCUAUCCAGGCGACCAGCCGGAGCACCGUCUUAUUAUGCCGAUAUCGUUCACUUCUGCAGCAGCUAUUGCGAAUACCAAUCAGACCAUAUAUUCACGAAUUCAAUGUCCACCUCCUCAACACUAUUCUCUUGUCUGCGAACAGCAUAUUUCGGAUGUAGUCAACGGGGCUGAUAUUGCUUCUGCUGAGAGGGGAUGCGGAUAC